UGCCGGUAGCGGAGGUUCUGCUCCGGCCCGGGAUGGAGCAGGGGCGCGCGCGCUGCCGCUGCGGACCGCCGCUGUGUGUGCGCAGCUGCCCGUUCGCUCGCUGAGCAGACGCCGCGAGGGCGCGGAGACUGCCCCUGAGUGCCUCGACCUCGCGGUGCCCCUCGCCGCGCCCCGUCCGCCGAGUGAGUGCGAUAGCACGCGUGGGCGGGUCCCCGAGCCGGACUCCUCCUCUCCGCGCCGCCGCCGAGCUCCGGUCGGGAUCCGAGAGAUGAGCUGCACAAUCGAGAAGGCGCUGGCCGAUGCCAAGGCCCUUGUUGAGAGGCUGAGGGACCAUGACGACGCUGCAGAGUCCCUCAUCGAGCAGACCACAGCCCUCAGCAAGAGAGUGGAAGCCAUGAAGCAGUAUCAGGAAGAAAUCCAAGAACUUAAUGAAGUUGCAAGACAUCGGCCACGAUCCACACUAGUUAUGGGAAUCCAGCAAGAAAACAGACAAAUCAGAGAAUUACAACAAGAGAACAAAGAACUGCGAACGUCCUUGGAAGAACACCAGUCUGCCUUGGAACUGAUAAUGAGCAAGUACCGAGAACAGAUGUUCAGGUUGCUAAUGGCUAGCAAAAAAGACGACCCAGGCAUCAUAAUGAAGUUGAAAGAGCAACACUCAAAGAUUGACACGGUGCAUCCUAACCCCUGCGAAGGAGUCUUCCUUGAUGCGUCUCGGCACGUCCUUGAAGCACCUCAGCACGGACUGGAGAGGAGGCACUUGGAAGCAAAUCAGAAUGAGUUGCAAGCACACGUUGACCAGAUCACCGAGAUGGCAGCAGUAAUGAGAAAAGCUAUUGAAAUUGAUGAGCAGCAGGGUUGCAAGGAACAGGAACGAAUAUUUCAACUCGAACAAGAAAACAAAGGCUUGAGGGAGAUCCUUCAGAUAACUCGAGAAUCCUUUUUGAACCUCCGGAAGGAUGAUGCAUCAGAGAGUACAUCUCUUUCCGCAUUAGUGACCAACAGUGACCUGAGUCUGAGGAAGAGCUGAGUGGCUUUCUGCGUGUCACUAGGAUGGGCCCUGCAGUGGAUGGAUGAGCAUAAACUUCAGUCUGUCCUUUUCCCUCAAUAGUAUGUAAGGUACACUGGCAAGAGACAGCAGAAGAAUGGAUCACCAGUGGUCACACUUGAUCCCAAACAAGAGACAGCAGAAGAAUGGAUCACCAGUGGUCAUACUCGAUCCCAAACAAGAAAGGAGAAGCUGAGCCACAGAGAGAACGGGGGUCCUGACAGUACUGUGCAGCACUGCAGUCUCAGAACUGCUGUCGGCUUCCUGGAUGACACAGAGGCCACCCUGAAUACUCCCAAUAAACAUUGGAAAUCCUAAAUUUUCCCAAUUUCAAACGCAAGUUUUGCUGUGGUUUUCUGAAUGGAAGACUGUUCUAAGUCUUACCCUUCCUGCUUAGUGUCAGAGUUAACAUUCUACGUACCAUGCGGCAUCUGCCUUAGUGCUUACCUGUCAGCUUUCCCGUGUGUUCAGUCUUCCUCAAAGACAGCUCCAAGGCUAUAGGAAUGUGCUACUGGCACCACAGACCGAGGGAAUAUUCUUCCGUCUCGUCCCUGUAACUCUUAGCACUUCCAUGACUUGUUGAGUGCACGCAGUACCAUCUCAGGAAGGACCGAGAGGUAUACUUUCUAAGAAAGACAGCCCUGGAGACUCAUUUAGUAGGUUAAACUACUUUGGAAGAUUGUUUUGGUUCUGGGUUAACAAUGAAACCAGCUUUUCCUCCUCUGUCCUUGAUGUUUAAGGACUGAGACAGUGGGCAGAGUUGACAUGAUUAAUGUAACAAGAUAGGCACGGUCAUCUCCAAGUAAAUUUGGAAUUGCUGUGCUGUUGUUUUAAGAAGUUACUCUUCAAAUACUUAGAAAGUACAUGCAGGUUCCAAAAACAAUGUUCUGGGUUCAAAUCUAAGAAGCUCCGUUUGGUUCUUAUGCCUGUGAGGUUUUCCCUACAACUUCUGACUCAGUAAGUGGCAGCAUCUUCCUUUGCACUUAAAAAAUAAAUAUAUUUACAAUAUGUAAAGCUUUUUAAGGCCAUAGGAUACAGAAGUAUGCUUUAACACCAAUUGAAACCUAAAUUGUUCUUGUUUUAUAGUGAUCAGAAUAAAAGGCUAAGAGAUUAUGAAAUAACGGUUAAAAGUAUAUUAUACUUGUAUGUGGAGUACAUACUACAGUUAGCACAAAAAGUUCUUUUGAGUAUAUCAUUUGUUAGGUAACUAUUACUUUGCAGUGUAAUGUGUAAUUUCAUGUAUUGGCAAAAUUCAAAGGACUUUUUGAGAAAUUUUCAGUCCAAAGUUUGAGUUGAGUGGGGUUAGGGUUGUUGGGAAAGGCCGGUGCCCAGAAGUCAAGUCAGUUCUCAUGCAGAGGCCUUAACAUUUUAUACAUAAGUGAAUUUAUUUUUAAGAUUUUCUAUUGGUUUUUGGAGAGUCUCCUUCAAUUUAAUGAUUCAUCCUCUCCUGUAGUUUUAUUCCAGGCCAGAAUUGGAGAAAGAAGAAGAAAGGCUAUGCUGAGAUGGCAGGCAGUGCUUUGAGUAUCUCUGUUGUAAAACAUUCUUUGAGAAGUAAUUAUUUUUAUAAAAAGUUAUUUAUCCUUUGUCGUCUUGAAUAUUAAGGUUGUGAAUAUUGAAAGACGUUUGCUUUGUUUUUAGCAAGUUUUCCAUCCUCCCCGUCCCCCCCCCCAAAAAAAAAAGCUUUUAAGCUUCUGAGAGUGUGCUGAAGAGGAGCCUAUUUUGUCAAUAAAGACAAGUGUCUAAAACUGA